AUGGAAGGCAAAUUCUUUCGGUUUCUAAAGAUUGUGGGAGUUGGGUUUAGAGCAAGAACUGAAUCAGAAGGCCGCCAAUUGUUUUUGAAACUGGGCUACAGUCAUGAAGUGGAGUUUGCGGUUCCUCCUGCUGUUCGUGUUUUCCGCUUUAAACCCAAUAUAAUUUGUUGUACUGGGAUAGACCAACAAAGGGUACACCAGUUUGCAGGUGCUGUUUGUAGCUGUAAGCCCCCUGCAGUCUACAAAGGCAAGGGUAUUAUGUACAUUGAUGAAGUAGUAAAGAAGAAGCAAGGAAAGAAGCCAAAGUGAAAGCAGAGAGAAAGGAAUUACCAUUCUUGUACUCUUCUGCUGUUGAGUAGCACCACAAUGGCUCAAAACAUGGCA